AUGAGUGUGAUUGACGUGUUUGCGACGAAUUACACGGUGAUUGAUUGGGAGCUCCAGGAGCUGUGGAUCAAAGGACUCAGCACGAGUGAAACUGUGACUGUGAUGAGAGAACGUGGGGUGCUCAAUGAAUACCCCGGACUCACGCAAGACCUUCUGGUCUCGGAUAUCAAUGACAAUUUUAGGUUAUUUUCCAUGCUGGAGCAAACGCUGCUCUCCGUGGGCAAACUGUCCGAACAGCUCUUGCAUCAGAUGGAUGCCAAGACUCAAACCAAGUUCUUGGAGAGCUACUACAGCCUCGAUCCGGUGCUUGCCCGAGAAUUGGUGGGCAAGAAGCUCAGUUCGAGACUCCGAAAGGACUUGGAAGAGGUGGCCGAGAAGACGGGCGUGCACCUGAAAUCGUGCCGAAGACAAUUCGACAACAUCAAGCGGGUCUUCAAGGCCAUGGAAGAUGCUCCAGGGGAGUGUGUGGCUAACAUUGAAAAGAGCUUUGGCAUCAGCCGGCAAUUGGCAGAGCAAUACGCCACCCUCGUGUUCAUUGUCACCUUCAGAUUCGAGUUGAACAAGAAGAAAUUGAAUUAUCUCUCGUUCAGCGCCAUCAAGGCCGUGAGCCUUCGGAUCAUGGAGAACUGGCUGGAAAACGAUGAUGACAACGAGCCCGCUUUGGACAAGGAUUUCUUCAUGCUGCUCAAGGAUCUGAAGGUGCUCUUGGACAAGGACAAGGAGCAUCGGGCCUUGGUGUGCACCUCUCUCAAGGAUCGCGUGUCCCCCAAGUGUUUGAGCGAGGUCGAGUCCAAUUUCAAGACAAUCACCCGCAAUGUGGUGAAUGUGGCUCAGAGUCUGGUCAGCUCCAAGGAGGCCAAGGACUUCUUUAUCUACUUGGUGGAGAAGUUCGUGGAUCCCUUGAAGCAAAUGCAGUUGGACAAGAAUGAGGUCAAGAUCGUUUUGCUCACCUACAGUGAGUGCUUGAAUGAGAGCCCCUUAGGGUUGGACAAUAGUGUGAAAAUCAUCUUGGACAAAUAUAUGCUCACACUGGUGCCAUGUAUUCUGGCCGUCCUCUGAAAUAUAUAUAUAUACAUCAAUGUUUUGACGAAAA